AGUGUACCUUAAAUAAAAAACAAAGGCCAAAUGAAACUUUCCUCAGCUCACCGUAAACCAUAAAGGACCAAUACUUUAAAAAAGCCAUAAAUAAUAUUUUUUGAUAUUAUAUACAAAAGUCUCGGAAAAACCAUGGAAUUACCUUCAAUGGUUCAAAGAUCCGGCGACACGCUAAUAGUGCGCAGUGUAGUUAGUGGUAAUCCCAUUUAUAUGGAUCAAGAAUCAGCAGGAAAUAACAAUAAUAAUAACAACAACAGCAUUAAUAACAAAAACAACAAUAUGAAUUCCCCACAAACGUUAGCAGUGACAAACAAUCCCAACACCCUACUAAUGGAACAUUUUCAACAAUUGAAAAGAACCCAAGAACAUUUAAUGCAACAGCAACAACAAAAUAUUGCCCAAGAACAGCAGCGUCAACAGGCAGCCGCCAUGGAACUUAAAGAGGAAGGUCUGCCUCAAUGUAAAAUUAAACGUAAUUAUAGCUGUAAUUAUUGUACAUAUUUCACACAAAAUCCUCGCUAUCAUCUGACACAUCUGCGCGAUGUUCAUGGUGAGAAAAUAGUUAUAAAUAAAUGUAAAUUGUGCCUGUAUGCCUCCCGCCACUAUCAGAAAUUGGUGCGUCAUAUGAAAAUGGUGCACGGUUGUACCGAUGGCAUAGCCAGCGGACAUGGUCAGGCUCGUGGUAAGCGUGGCAUGAAUCGUGAGGCGAGGAAAAGAAAACUGGAGGAGAGUACUCCUGUCGCUGGUGUAAUAAGUGCAUUAAGUGUGGAAGCAAUAAAUGCUGAGCAUUUUAAAGCCGACAUGGAACAUCAAAAAAUGCAACGAGACAUAGAAGCCUUUAAGAAACAACAAGAGGAACAACAAAAAUCUCAACAGCAGAAGUUCAAUGAAGCCAUUUUUGCUGCAGCCGCCUAUGAACAGUUAAGGGUCCAACGAGAAAUCGAUAAUAGAGAAUCUCUGAAAGCAGCCGCCGCCCAUUCCAAUUACGAACAAAAGCAACAACAAACAUCACCUGUACAAAAUCGUGAAGAUAGUCCUUCCCAAAAUAGAACUUAUGAAACCGCCACACCUGCCCAUCAACAACAUCAUUCGACGCCCCUACAAAUGACACCACAACGAUCAAGUUUGGAAUUAACGCCUUCUCCUUCGGGCAGUAAUUCCUCACCUCCACCAGCCUUAGCACUACCACCACCUGGUCAUCAACAGCAUUCAGAUGCUCGAAGUGCAGGCAGUAUAACGCCGCUGGGUGCUUCCGAUGAACCUUCCAAUAAUCGUUUAAUGAAAUGCAGUCUAUGUGAUUUCACCACUUUGUAUCGUAAUCAUUUGCUGGAACACGAAAUCGAAGAUCAUUGCAAUGCUAAGUUUUAUCGUUGUGAGAAGUGUUCGUAUGUCACGCAUAUUAAGGCUCGUUUUAGUAAACAUGUCAAGUAUCAUUCUAUGCCCAUGAUCAAGUGUGUAACGUGUGAUUUUCGCACGCCCUACAAAUGGAAUCUGGAUCGUCAUAUGAAAAAUCAUGGUGGUGCGGGUCCCUUUAAAUGUGCUGCUUGUGAUUUUACCGCUGACAUUAAACAAUCGCUAACAGUUCACGAAAUGAAUCAUCAUGUACCGCCGGUAGGUCAUGCUGCUGGCAUGACUUUGGCACGCAGACGUAAUAAAGUGGGAGGCACCGACCUUAAUGAAGACUUUUUCAGUGAUUCUGCUGAAAUGUUAGAGGAUCAUUUCAACAACAACAAUAUGGAUGAAUAUGAUGAAAUGCUAAUGACAGCUGGUCCUAUAGGCAUGUAUGAAACGAAAAGAUUGCGUUAUGAUGAUGAUGAACCCACGGAUUUAUCUCAAAAAGGUGGCUCUUCCGAUACAUCCUCGGUACAUAAUUCCAAUUUGAGUAUACCCAAAGCCAAGAAACCCCUACCGAAUCUUAUACCCAUAACAAAAGAAAGUGAGAAUAUUUUGAAUCUUUCCACGGAUUUGGCCUCGCGAUCUUCACUGUCAGAAAUCGCUUCUAUAUUUUUUAAUGAAAAACAAAUUUCGGAAAUGUUACAACCAGCAGAUAAAACAGAGGCUAUGGCAGGGGCGGCUUCACAAUUAUCACCCACCACCACUAUUACCUCCUCUGCCAGCAGUAGAAGCCUGCUGAAUCGCAAAACAGGAUCAUUCUUCGAUAAGAUAAAGUCUUCCUCGGCCACUAAUGAAAAUUUGAUAUGCCCCUGUGGUCACAUGGCCAAGUGCUUAUCGGAGUCUAUAAUACAUCGUAAAACAUGUACGUUUUCGCCACUCUCCGCCAACGAUGACAUGGACUUGGAUGACGAUGAACAUGAUGAGGAUGGUGAAGAGGGCCGUUUAGAAAUUGAUUUUACCGAAGAUGAGGAAUGUGACAAACAAUCACAUUCAGCACUUAAUCUCAGUGUUACCGGUUCGACACGUUGUCAGCAUUGUCGUCAUCGUUGCAAGUCUUCGGUAGAUUUAUUAAAUCAUUUGAAAACCUGCUCCGAGGCUAAUAGUCGCUGUGAUUCUUUAUCUGGCGAUAGUUGUGCUGGCAGUCGUGUUAUGCUGGGUGAUACUAGUGCCAAUGAAUUGCAACAUCCCAUGGAAAAUCGUGUUUUUAUUUGGAAUAAAUUACCUCGCAAUCAGCAAGAAGGUAGUGGUGGCGGCAAUGGUUCUCAAAGUUCUGACGGCAAUCAACGCCAACAGCCCAGUAGUGGCAUUUCGUCUUCCAAUGCUGGUGGCAGUUUGUUGAGUGCAAAUAAUGAUGAGAAUAGUUAUUAUGGUGUGGAGACAGCUCCUGGGUAUGGAGAGGUAACUAAAAAGAUGACACCCGAAGAAGAGGCUGCCAAUUCGUCAUUGAAAAAGGUCUACAAAUGUCCUCAUUGUUCAUUUUGGGCUUCCACAGCUUCCCGCUUUCAUGUACACAUUGUGGGUCAUCUAAAUAAGAAGCCAUUUGAAUGUUCCCUGUGUUCUUAUCGCUCCAACUGGCGUUGGGAUAUUACCAAGCAUAUACGCCUAAAGACCAUUAGAGAUCCUAGUCAUAAAAAUGCUCGCGUUCUAAUGAAUGACGAGACCGGUAGACGAAAUUAUACAAAAUACAAUAAAUAUAUUACGCUAAUGAAAGUUACCGAAGAAGAUGGUGAUCCCAAACUAAUGAAAUCGGGAGAAAUGACCCCGAAUCAGGUAGCUUCAUUGGCUUUUAUUAAUGAUUACAAUAACAAGCAACAGAAUAACACUUCGGCAGCCAAUUCAACAGUUAAUAAUAUUUUAAAUGGUGUUAGGGAAGACAUAACUUUAGAACCCAUACCAGCCAAGGCAUCAGUAAAUUCAGUCGAUGAUCAAUUAUCGGAUAACUUUAUACGUUUGCCUUUAUUGGCUUCCAUGGUUAAUGCAGCCAUGGCUCAGCAGCAACAACAAAAUGAUAAUGAACAAAAUGGUCCCACAUUAAUAACACCCUCGGUAACAAUAUCGGCUGUUAAAAAAUCGCCACCUGUUAAUCAAAAUUACAAACCUAGUGAUGAAAUCACUUUGGAAGUUAGACAGGAGGGCAAUGAGAAAAUCACCAACUACAAGUGUCGUAAAUGUAAUUUUAGACAUGUUAAUCGUGAUGCUGUUUUAGCUCAUGUUAAAGUACAUUUUCCGGAUACAAAUCAUGGUAUGAUUUCUCCCAAAUCUUUACAACAAAUGUCGUCCAACAGCAAUGGUCCUCUGCAAGUGGCAGUCAAUCCAAAUCUCUAUAUGAACAAGGUUUUGGCAGCCAUGUGUCUUUCCCAGCAGCAGCAGCAGCAACAACAACAGCAGCAGCAUAAUUCCAACAGCAAUACACAAUUAACCAAUUUAAUGGCUGCCGGACUCUUGGAUCAAGCUAAUAACACCCAUUUAAGCGGUUUAGCUUUAGCACUGGCUGGUAAAUCUCCCCUUAAGACAUCACAUUUAAAUGCAGCCGCUAAUAUUAUUGAGCAUGGUGAGCAGAAAGCGAGUCUAAACGAGGCAAGUGCCCAAAACACUACGACGUCGCCAAUUCAAUUAACUCUAAAAACUUCACAAAAUCAGCUACAACAACAGACACUUGCGACGUCUACAUCGUCAGUAACAGGUGUUGGGUCGACGGUGUCGACAAAUUCACCCUCCUUACAGCAUUUAUUAACUUCACCCAGAGGCUCUUUCUCACAAAAUCUAAAUGAUAAUUUAAAUAAUGAUACAAUGGUUAUGGGUUCAACACUACUUAAAAAUAAGUCUGGAUUAAUGACAGCAAUGUCACCGUCACCAUCAUCGGCUACACCGAAUACAAUUGUAACUACCACUACUACUCCUCCUACAACUCCAAAUCAUCUUGCAUAUCAAUUAAAUCAAACAACACCCUUCUCACUGCAUCAUGGUGAAGGGUGUGGUGGUGGUCUAUUAACUGGUGACAUUUUGGGUGGUAUACAAGAUCAUCAUCAUAGUAUGGUUAUGGGUGUUGAUGGUACUUCCUCCUCCUUCGAUCAUAUACCAACUAGUACUGUAAACAUCAAUAAUAACAAUAAUAUGGCGACUUCUUUAUCCGCCGCUGCAUCAUCUUGUUCUACAUCAUUAUUGUCAUUGUCUAAUCAAAAUUAUAUUCAAACUCAGACUCAAAAUCAUAAUUCAUCUUCUAGUAAUAACAAUAACAAUAAUAAUUUGGGUAAUUUAUCUGGUAAUGGUGUAUCAAACAAUAAUAGUAACUGUAACUAUAUCAAUAAUAAUGUUAACGGUAACGGUAAUGGUAACAACAAUAACAAUAAUAAUUUAUUAACGCACGAUACAACUGCCGCCGAUAGGCGUGAUCCAUCGCCAUAUCGUUGUGGUCAUUGUCAUCAAGUAUCAAAUUGGAAGCAUGUUAUUCAGCGUCACUGUCGCUUGAAGCAUGCUGGCGUUAUCAACAUCGAAACCCUUGAUCGUACAGCCACAAACGAUCGUCAUGCUACACCCAUCUAUAAGCCUUUAGUAAAUGGCGCUACCAAUGAAAGCAACAACAACCAUAAUAAUAAUAGUAAUAGCAACAAUACAAAUUCCACUAAUAGUCAUUAUAAUUUGACUUUAAAGGCUUUACAGCAGCAACAAAAUCAAAAUAAUAAUAAUAAUCAUAAUACAGUACUUAUCAAUAAUAAUAAUAACAAUAAUUUACAACUUAAAAAUGCCAAUAAUGUAUUAAAAACUGAAACAAACAAUAAUAAUAACUUAUUGCCAUCACCCAUAGCUACGGCCUUAAAUGCUGCAAAUACCACACAGGAUUUACAAGCAGCUGUAGUAUAUUUAGCUGCAGCCUAUAAAGCUGCUACCAAUCAAACAAAUAAUGUUAAUACUUUACCCAAUCUACCGGCUCUGGCGGAGGAACUACUUUUGCAACAGCAAUUACAACAAAAUUAUCAAAUUGAAAUAACCAGAGUAUCAUCAUCAAAUCAUAAUAACAGCAGCAGUAAUAAUAUCUUAACAACUCCAACAACGGCCAACAAUUCAAAUUUGGCUCAAUUGUUAGAGUCGAACUUAAACUCUGCAUCAAAUCGUGUUGCUUCGCCUCAACACAAUGCCAAAUCGAAACAGCAAAAAUGUCCUCUUUGCACUUAUAUUUGUGAUAGUAAAUCCCAAAUGAAUUACCACAUUUCCCUGCAUAAACCCACUCAGUAUGAGUGUCGCAUGUGUACUUUCGUUUGUGCCAAGAAACAACAUUUGAGUUCUCAUAUGCGCACGGUGCAUCAAAUGCAACAGAAUCAAAUUUUGGCAGCUACAUCAAAUCCAGUGCAAGCAACGAAUACAAAUAAUAUCAAUAUGGAUUUCGGUUUAGCUUUGCAAAUAGCGACAGCUGCUCAAAAUCAGGACUCCACCAAUUUAACAACACCACUGGCUAUCGAUUUAUCUGCUUCACCGGUGGCACGUCCUACAACUACCUUAACGCCGAAUAACCAACAUCACAAUCAUCAAAGCCAAUUACCACCGGAAUAUCAAUAUCGUAUGAUCUAUUUUUGUAACAAAUGUCCAGCUCGCUACGCCCAAAAACACAAUGAUCCUUUGACGGCCCAAAAAGAUUUAGAUGAACACUUAAGACAACAUGAAAAUCUCAAUUCCAGCAGCAGCGAAGAUAAACGCAAGUAUCAUUGUGACUAUUGUGAUUAUCGUGCUAUGCAUGAGUCCAUUAUACAAACCCAUCGUUAUGUGCAUACUACACAAUAUCAAGAGAAAUGCAAUGAAUUGUAUAAGAAUUGUAAAGAGGAUUCUGUGUAUCGGGCGCCUAAGUUAAUGCAUAUAACCGCUACCAAAAAGCCUCAUAUGCAUGAGACCAUUUGGGUGGUGGAUCAUGAUUUAAAUGAGGGACAUCAUCAACAACAUCAUCAUCAGCAGCAGCAGCAACAAGCCAAACAUCAUCAAAAUUCGGUUAUAACAUCCAGCUCACAAAGUAAUUCCUAUGAAGCGGGAAAUUCUUUGUUGAAAAAGCAAUUAGAAUCGAGGCAAGUAGUUGCAGGUUCAGGAACAGCAACUGCAGCUGCAUCAGCUAACGAGGAUUUCCAUAAUAAUAAGCCUAAUCAAGCCGAAGCCGAUGAUUCUAAUACUGCUUCUACCUCGGCAUCAGUGGCAACUGGUGAUCUGGCUCAUGAAAAUGAAUCUCGUCCUAUACCCACCCCCGAAGAUGUUAAUCCAGAAAAGACCUCCUCGAACAACGACAAUAAAGAAAAGUGUGAACAUUGUCCAUUUGAAAGUUCCAACGAGGAAGAAUUUAAAACUCAUUUACAACAACACAUUUGUGUGUCCCAACAAAAAUUGGCUUACACCUGUGAGCAUUGCGAUUAUUCAGCCGAAGAACAGGAUCAAAUAGAAGAACAUACCCGGGUACAUUUCAAUGGUAAUGAAAAGUUAAAGGAUGUUAGUUUCUUUACAAGCUAUGAUAACUUAGAAAUAAGUAUGGAACAAUCGAAUGAGGAAAAUAAUGAGGAGGAAAAUGUUAAUAUUAAAAAAGAAAUUCCUAAUAAUAACAAUAAUGAGGAAAAUCGUGUUAAUGAAAACUUAAAAGAUUCCUCUGCGGAAACGGUAAAGGUGAACACCGAACCAAAACAACCCAAAUGUGCUAAAAUUAUUCUAUAUAAAAAUGAUGGCUGUUUAACCAUCAAAAAAGAAACAAAUGAACAGUCCAACAACCAAAACCAACAGCAGCAGCAGACCAGCAACAGCAUCGCUGAAAAUAUAAGUGAUCGUUUGCGUCGACGUAUAAGUCGUCAGGGUGCUGCAACAGCGAAUCAAGAGGAACAAACAACGUUGACUGCCACGUCAACUGCAAAUACAAGCCAUAAAACUAUACUAGUUAAUGCCAAAACUGGUCAAAUUAUCAGCAGGAAUUAAAUAUUAUUUUUUUUGUUUUAUUAACUAUUAUAAUUAAAAAAAAAUAAAUUAUUAUAAUUUUUCAAUUUUAAA